AUGGACGAUCUUUUUGACGUAUUUGAUGCCCAGCCGGCCGACGCUAACAAGAAGCGUCAAUCCGAUACCUUGAAAUCCGAUGACGCGAAACCAGUUCAAGGCCAACUCGACAUCUCAACAGAUAACCUUGAAGUCGAAACAAACCAAAUCCCCGAUAACGAUAUUGAUCAACCCUUUAAGAAACGCCCUCGUCUUGAAGAUGCACCUGUCCCAGUCGUCGCAGACACUUUCGAAUCUGCGCAAGAACGCGAGCUUGCAGUUCCAGAAGGUUCCUCGAGCAUGAAGGUAUCAUCUCAAUUGCGCCAUCAAACGGCAGUUCCUCCGGGAUAUGAUUACAUUCCUAUUUCAACCUACACGCCAAAGAGCGAGCCCGCGAAAACAUACUCAUUCCCCCUCGACCCUUUCCAGCAAUUGGCCGUUAAUGCCAUUGAGAGAAACGAAAGUGUGUUGGUGUCAGCCCAUACCAGUGCUGGAAAGACCGUUUGCGCAGAAUACGCUAUUGCGCAAAGCUUGAAAGAAGGUCAAAGAGUUAUUUAUACCAGUCCAAUCAAGGCGCUGAGUAACCAAAAGUAUCGUGAAUUCGCUGCUGAGUUUGGUGAUGUUGGACUGAUGACCGGUGAUGUGACCAUCAACCCCACUGCUGGCUGCCUUGUAAUGACCACUGAGAUUCUCCGAUCCAUGCUGUAUCGUGGUUCUGAGAUCACACGUGAGGUUCAAUGGGUUAUCUUUGAUGAAGUUCACUACCUGCGCGACAAGUCUCGUGGUGUUGUUUGGGAGGAGACUCUUAUUCUUUUGCCCAACAAAGUUCGUUACGUCUUUCUGUCUGCCACCAUUCCCAACGCCAUGCAGUUCGCCGAGUGGAUUUGCAAAAUACACGAACAGCCAGUUCACGUUGUCUAUACCGAUUACCGACCAACUCCUCUACAGCACUACCUCUUUCCAAAUGGCUCUGACGGUCUUCGCCUCAUUGUUGAUGAGACCGGUCUAUUCCGCGAAAAGAACUUCCAGGAAGCAAUGCAUGCCAUCAAGACGAAGGCGGGCGAUGGUUCAGGAGAUGCCUUGGUAAAAUUCGGCAAAAAGGGUACCGUGAACAAGGGUGGACAGAAAGGUACCAGUGAUAUUCAGAAGCUUGUCAAGUUGAUGAUCACCAAGAACCACGACCCGUUGAUCGUCUUCAGCUUUAGCAAGAGGGACUGUGAAAAGCAUGCUGUUGAAUUGAGAGGCAUGUCUUUCAACGAUGAUUCGGAAAAGGAGCAAGUGAGUAAGGUUUUCGACCACGCCCUUGAAAUGCUUUCACCGGAAGAUCGGAAGCUUCCCCAGGUCGGUAAUAUUCUGCCUCUCCUGCGAAGAGGUAUCGGCGUUCACCAUUCUGGUUUACUGCCAAUUCUCAAAGAGAUUAUCGAAAUUCUCUUCCAAGAACAUCUUAUUAAAGUCCUUUUCGCUACCGAGACAUUUUCUAUCGGCCUUAACAUGCCCGCAAAGACUGUUAUUUUCACUAACGUUCGAAAAUGGGAUGGUUCUGGGGAGCGCUGGCUCACUUCGUCCGAGUUCAUUCAGAUGUCUGGCCGAGCUGGUCGACGAGGUCUCGACGACCGCGGUAUUGUGAUCAUGAUGGUUGGCGUGGAGAUGGAUCCUAAGGUUGCUAAAGAGAUUCUGCGUGGCGAACAAGAUUCAUUGAACUCAGCCUUUCACCUUGGCUAUAACAUGGUUCUUAACCUGAUGCGUGUGGAGGUAAUUUCUCCAGAAUACAUGCUUGAGAAAUGUUUCAAGCACUUCCAAGAGACCGCCAGUGUCUCAGCUCUGGAGAUAGAGUACCAGGAGUUGAGUGCCAAGAAAGACGACAUCAAAAUUGUAGAUGAAGGACUCGUUCGUGAAUACUACGACUAUCGGAAGCAAUUGGACAAGUACCGCGCAGAUAUUCGUUCUGUCAUCACUCAUCCGAACUUCUGUCUGCAAUUUCUGCAGAUCGGCCGCUUAGUUCAUAUCAAACACAAAGAUCAGGACUUCGGAUGGGGGAUGGUUGUGCGCGCCCACGAACGAAAAAUCUCCAACAAGUACAAGAAAGCGAAUUUGAAUACCGAGGAGUCUGAGUCCCAAUGGUUCGUUGAUGUGCUUUUGGAACUUGCCCACGGGCCUGAUAUCGGCACCAAGACUCACCAGGAAAUGCCUCCCGGUUUGCAGCCGAGCAAGGAAGGAGAGAAUGGUCGGGUUGAACUAGUUCCCGUCAUGUUGAGCUGCAUUGAAAACAUCUCAGGAAUCCGCAUCCAACCCCCUUCGACCAAUUUUGUUCCAUCUUCCGCACGUGAGGAUGCAUUCAAAGUCUUGCUCGUGGCCCGGAACCGUUUCCCAGACGGCUUCCCCGUUUUGGACCCCAUCCAACACAUGAAUAUCACGGAUCCGGGUUUCAAAGACACGAUCCGAAAAACCGAGAUUCUCGAAUCUAAACUUUUCCAGUCCCCAUUAAUCAACCGGGAAGAUUUGCCUCAGCUUUAUGACCAAUAUGUGAGCAAGAUAAAUUUGGGCGAUGAAAUGAAAACCAUCAAAAAGAAGAUAUCCGACGUCAGUGCCAUGCUGGAGCAUGCCGAGCUUAAGAAUCGCAAACGUGUGUUGCGUCGUCUGGGAUUCAUCAACGAUGCAGAUGUUAUCCAGUUAAAAGGUCGCGUUGCCUGUGAGAUCAGCGCUGGUGACGAAUUGAUGUUGAGUGAAUUGUUGUUCAGAGGUUUCUUCAACACUCUUACUCCUGAGGUAACUGCAGCUGUCCUGAGCGUAUUCGUUUUCGAGGAACAAGUCAAGCAGGCGGACCCCAUCAACAAUGAACAGCUGUCAAAACCUCUGAAGGAGAUUCAAUUGCGUGCUCGAGAAAUCGCCAAGGUCUCGCAGGAAUGUAAGAUGGACCUGAACGAGCAAGCUUACGUUGAGGGCUUCCAUUGGGAGCUUAUGGAGGUCGUGUUUGAGUGGGCAAAUGGCAAGAGCUUUUUGGAAAUCUGCCAAAUGACCCAGGUCUUUGAGGGCAGCUUGAUCCGUGUCUUCCGUCGACUUGAGGAGUGUAUGCGUCAAAUGGCUCAGGCGUCCAAGGUUAUGGGCAGUGAUGAGCUAGAGAGCAAGUUUGAGACUGCGCUGGGCAAAGUGCGUCGUGAUAUUGUGUCAGCUCAAUCUUUGUAUUUGUAG